CUUGGUCAGAGCCAAGAGAGGGCGUCGAGUUUACCUUGUGUGUUGCAGAAGGUUGCAUUUUAAAUAAACAACGCAAGCGGCAAGCAAAAAGUCAAGUCAAGUCAAAAAAAGGCAAACAACAUGUCGCAACAUUUCACAUCGAUAUUUGAGAACCUGCGCUUUGUGACCAUCAAACGUACUUCAAAUGUGCAACAACAACAGCAACAGCAGCAGCAACAGCAGCAGCAACAGCAGCAGCAACAACAACAACAACAACAACAAUCGCCGUUGCCCACGCCAAAAGCAACAACAGUUGCUGAACAAAACAAAAUCAAAGUCAAGGCACCGGCAACGCAACAGUUAAAUGGCAAUGGGCUUUUGGGCAAAAAACUUGAGGGCAUCUCUGAUUCCUGUCAUGAAGUGGACCACAGUCGAGGCGCGUCACCCAAAACCGCAAGCGCAGUCUCAGAUGGAGCAUCCGGUAGCGGCGUUGGCGGCACGCCUUUGAAGCACCACAAACGUACCAGCAUCCCAACAUCAUCCCCGCAACCGGGACGCGAGCGGCGAGGCACCAACACCAGCAUUGUUGUGGAGCUGGAGGAUGGACCGAGUGGCGGUGUUGCUGUAAUUCCUGCGGGCGCCUCGGGCAGCGGCACGGCAUCCAGUAAAAGUUCACGCGAACUUUCGCCCACACCCAAAAAUCAACAGCCAAGAAAAAUGUCACAGGAUUAUCGUUCGCGUGCUGGCAGUUUUAUGCACCUGGAUGACGAGGGACGCAGUCUGUUGAUGCGCAAGCCAAUGCGACUAAAGAACAUUGAGGGCAGACCGGAGGUAUAUGAUACACUGCACAGCAAGGGGCGCGAGAUAUUAUCCUGCUCGAGGGCCACCUGUACGAGCAGCAUUAUGCACAUUGGCAACGCCGCUGUAGAAACACGCAAAUCAGAUUUAGUACUCGAGCAUGCCAAGGAUUUUCUGGAUCAGUAUUUUACCUCCAUAAAGCGCUCCUCGUCCGCAGCGCACGACACUCGCUGGAAGCAGGUGCGUCAGAGCAUCGAGGCAACGGGACAUUAUCAGCUAACUGAAACGGAGCUAAUUUAUGGUGCCAAAUUAGCCUGGCGCAAUUCUUCACGCUGCAUUGGUCGCAUUCAAUGGUCGAAACUGCAGGUGUUUGAUUGUCGUUAUGUGACCACAACAAGUGGCAUGUUUGAGGCAAUUUGCAAUCACAUCAAAUAUGCAACGAAUAAAGGCAAUUUGAGAUCCGCAAUAACAAUAUUUCCACAGCGUACAGAUGCUCGACAUGAUUAUCGUAUAUGGAAUAAUCAACUUAUUUCAUAUGCUGGCUAUAAGCAGACAGAUGGCAAGAUUAUUGGCGAUCCUAUGAAUGUGGAGUUUACAGAGGUCUGCACUAAACUGGGCUGGAAGGGCAAAGGCAGUGAGUGGGACAUUUUGCCGCUGGUGGUGUCGGCCAAUGGUCAUGAUCCCGACUACUUUGAUUAUCCGAUGGAACUGAUAUUGGAGGUGCCGCUGAGCCAUCCCAAAUUCGAGUGGUUUACGGAUUUGGGGCUACGUUGGUAUGCUCUGCCCGCCGUAUCGGGCAUGUUGUUCGAUGUGGGUGGCAUACAGUUUACGGCCACCACAUUUAGCGGUUGGUACAUGUCAACGGAGAUUGGCUCCCGGAAUUUAUGCGACACAAAUCGUCGCAAUAUGCUCGAGACGGUGGCACUGAAAAUGAAUUUGGAUACGCGUACACCGACGUCAUUGUGGAAGGACAAGGCUGUUGUGGAAAUGAAUAUUGCCGUGUUGCAUUCAUAUCAGAGCCGCAAUGUGACCAUUGUGGAUCAUCAUACGGCCAGCGAGAGUUUCAUGAAGCAUUUCGAGAAUGAGUCCAAGCUGCGCAAUGGCUGCCCAGCUGAUUGGAUAUGGAUUGUACCGCCACUAUCUGGCUCUAUAACCCCCGUGUUUCAUCAGGAGAUGGCAUUGUACUAUUUGAAGCCCUCGUUUGAAUAUCAGGAUCCCGCCUGGCGCACGCACAUCUGGAAAAAGGGACGUGGCGAAAGCAAAGGCAAAAAGCCAAGACGUAAAUUCAAUUUUAAACAAAUCGCUCGGGCUGUGAAAUUUACAUCGAAAUUAUUUGGACGCGCUUUGUCAAAACGCAUCAAAGCAACGGUUUUGUAUGCCACAGAAACGGGCAAAUCGGAGCAAUAUGCAAAACAAUUAUGUGAACUAUUGGGACAUGCCUUCAAUGCACAGAUAUAUUGCAUGUCCGACUACGAUAUAUCCUCCAUCGAACACGAGGCGUUGCUAAUUGUUGUUGCCUCGACCUUUGGAAACGGAGAUCCGCCGGAAAAUGGCGAGCUCUUCUCACAGGACUUGUAUGCGAUGCGAGUGCAGGAGUCAGGAGAGAUUCCAGGGAGAGAUUCCAGCAUGGGGGUCAGCUCAUCCAAGUCCUUCAUGAAGGCCAACUCACGACAGGACUUUAUGAAGCUGCCGCUGCAACAAGUCAAGAAAAUCGACCGUUGGGACUCGUUGCGUGGUUCCACCUCGGACACGUUCACAGAUGAGACCUUUGGACCGCUCUCGAAUGUUAGAUUUGCCGUCUUUGCCCUCGGCUCAUCGGCCUAUCCAAACUUCUGCGCCUUCGGUCAGUAUGUGGAUAAUAUUCUGGGGGAGCUCGGCGGGGAGCGUCUGCUAAAGAUUGCCUAUGGCGAUGAGAUGUGCGGACAGGAGCAAUCGUUUCGCAAGUGGGCACCAGAGGUGUUUAAGUUGGCUUGUGAGACCUUCUGCUUGGAUCCGGAUCAGAGUCUGUCGGAUGCAUCACUAGCUCUUCAAAAUGAAUCCCUUACUGUGAACACAGUGCGUCUGGUGCCCUCUAUGAGCAAAGUGUCGCUGGACAGCGCACUUUCCAAGUACCACAACAAGAAGGUGCACUGUUGCAAGAUCAAGGCGCAGCCACAUAAUUUGACCAAGCUGAGCGAGGGAGCCAAGACGACAAUACUGCUGGAGAUCUGUGCACCUGGCUUGGAGUACGAGCCCGGCGAUCAUGUGGGCAUAUUUCCGGCAAAUCGAAGUCAGUUGGUCGAGGGGCUGUUGGGGCGCUUGGUGGGCGUGGAGAAUCCCGAUGAGGUGCUGCAACUGCAGCUGCUUAAGGAGAAGCAAACCUCAAAUGGCAUUUUCAAGAGCUGGGAGCCACAUGACAAGAUUCCAGCUGAUACUCUAAGGAAUUUGUUGGCGCGUUUCUUCGAUUUGACGACGCCUCCGUCGAGGCAGUUGCUCACAUUGCUCUCGGGCUUCUGUGAGGACAGUGCGGACAAGGAGCGAAUGGAGUUGCUGGUGACUGAUUCAUCGGCUUACGAGGACUGGCGUCACUGGCGUUUGCCGCAUCUGUUGGACGUUCUCGAGGAGUUUCCUUCAUGUAAGCCUCCGGCUUCCUUGGUGCUCGCCAAUCUGACGCCUCUACAGGCACGUUUCUACUCCAUUUCCUCAUCGCCACGACGAGUCAGCGAUGAGAUUCAUCUGACCGUCGCCAUUGUCAAAUAUCGCAGCGAGGAUGGUCAAGGCGAUGAACGCUUUGGUGUCUGCUCCAACUACUUGGCCGGAUUGCGAUCCAAUGACGAACUCUUCAUGUUUGUACGCAGCGCCUUGGGCUUUCAUUUGCCCUUGGAUCGUAGUCGUCCUGUUGUGCUCAUUGGUCCUGGCACGGGCAUUGCUCCGUUUAGAUCAUUCUGGCAGGAGUUUCAGGUACUCCGCGAAGUGGACACAUCCAUAGCGUUGCCCAAACUCUGGCUCUUCUUUGGUUGCCGCAAUCGUGAUGUGGAUUUGUAUGCCGAGGAGAAAGCGCAAUUGCUGCAGGAUCAAAUACUCGAUCGUGCUUUCCUUGCACUCUCCAGAGAAUCAGAUAUACCCAAAACAUAUGUUCAGGAUCUGAUUGAACAGGAAUUUGAUUCGUUGUACAAUUUGAUUGUGCUGCAGCGGGGACAUGUCUAUGUCUGUGGGGAUGUCACAAUGGCCGAGCAUGUUUACCAGACCAUCAGGAAAUGCAUUGCCAGCAAGGAGGCCAAGAGCGAGUCGGAAGUUGAGACAUUUUUACUCACACUACGCGACGAGAAUCGGUAUCAUGAGGACAUCUUUGGCAUCACGCUGCGCACAGCCGAGAUCCACACAAAGUCACGUGCCACCGCCAGGAUUCGCAUGGCAUCGCAGCCAUAGUAAGGAUGCCAUCUUCUCAAAUAACUCAGCUCUUACUUAAACCGCAACAAAAAAAUGUUUGCUUUGACACUUAUUUACUAAGUUUGUGUUUGUGUGUGUGGCGCUAUUGAAAGUGAUGUAAAUGCAGAAAGUAUUAUUAAAUAUUAAUUAAAUGCAAA